CCGUUGGGCCGCGCCGCGCCGCCAUGUCGGGCCCCGGGCCGCGGGAGCCGCCGCCGGAGGCCGGCGCGGCGGGCGGCGAGGCGGGCGCCGAGGGCGCGGGCGGCGGGGACGCGGCGCCGGGCGAGCCGGGGCUGAGCUUCACGACCACCGACCUGAGCCUGGUGGAGAUGACGGAGGUGGAGUACACGCAGCUGCAGCACAUCCUCUACUCGCACAUGGAGGCGGCGGCCGACGGCGAGCUCGAGACGCGCCUCAACUCGGCGCUGCUGGCGGCGGCGGGCCCGGGCGCGGGCGGCUUCGCGGCGGGCGGGCCGGGGGGCGCGGCGCCCGUGUACCCCGUGCUGUGCCCGCCCGCGCUGGCGGCCGACGCGCCCUGCCUGGGCCACAUCGACUUCCAGGAGCUGCGCAUGAUGCUGCUGAGCGAGGCGGGCGCGGCCGAGAAGACGCCGGGCGGCGGGGACGGGGCGCGGGCCCGGGCCGACGGCGCCGCCAAGGAGGGCGCGGGCGCGGCGGGACCCGAGGCGGCGCCCGAGGCCCGGGCCAAGCCGGCCGUGCGCGUCCGCCUGGAGGACCGCUUCAACAGCAUCCCCGCCGAGCCGCCGCCCGCGCCGCGCGGCCCCGAGCCCCCCGAGCCGGGCGUGGCGCUCAGCAAUUUGGUGACUCUCAUUCGCCAUCCGUCUGAAUUAGUGAAUGUUCCUCUUCAUCAGCAACAAAACAAAUGUACGACGCUAGUGAAAAAUAAAGCUGCUGCUUCAGCUCCUGCUUUGCAGUUCACCUACCCGCUGUUUACGGCAAAUGCUUGCUCCGCUAGUGGAAAUUCUGGUCUUUCACAGACACAGAGUUCUAGUAACUCAUGUUCUAUACUUGAAGCUGCCAAGCACCAGGAUAUUGGAUUGCCUAGAGCAUUUUCUUUCUGUUAUCAGCAAGAAAUUGAAUCCACUAAACAGACGUUAGGUAGUAGAAACAAAGCUUUGCCUGAGCAAGUUUGGAUUAAAGUGGGAGAAGCGCUAUGCAAACAAGCACUAAAUAAGAGGAAUCGGAGUAGAAUGCGUCAGUUGGACACAAAUGUAGAACGAAGAGCCCUCGGAGAGAUUCAGAAUGUGGGCGAAGGUGCCGCAGCCACCCAGGGCGCUUGGCCGUCCUCGGAGUCCUCACAGCCCAGCCUGGGGGAGCAGGCCCAGAGUGGGCCCCAGGGAGGAAGGUCUCAGCGUAGGGAGAGGCAUAACCGAAUGGAAAGAGACAGAAGGCGCAGAAUCCGCAUUUGCUGUGACGAGUUGAAUCUCUUAGUCCCGUUCUGCAAUGCCGAGACUGAUAAGGCCACAACUCUGCAGUGGACCACAGCAUUCCUGAAAUAUAUCCAGGAAAGACAUGGAGAUUCUCUUAAAAAGGAAUUUGAGAGUGUAUUUUGCGGUAAAACUGGCCGAAGGCUAAAGCUGACGAGACCGGACUCCUUGGUGACCUGCCCUGCACAGGGCGGUCUGCAGAGUAGCCCCCCGAUGGAGAUCAAGUGAUCGGACUGAAGGAAUCCUUUGGGAGUGAACAGCCGUUCCUCUGUGACCCACGCACGUCCUCCACAGCCCUGGAAUUCUGCUCCGAUAGUCUGACUCGAAAGGGACGUGACGCAAGCUGACAGGACUCCGGUAGGGACUUUGAGAGCACAUUUCUAAAAAUAUUUAUCUAGAACCAAAUACUUACCCAUUAAUGUCCUCUUCGACCACUUGAGGAGGACGCCAUCUUGACAAUUAGUAAGUAUUUUUUUCAAUUACCCGAUUCCAUCAUGUUUUCUUAACAUGAUACUUUCUGUAGUCUGAAAAGGUACAUUGCUUUUUACUUAUCUUAUUUACAUUUUAAAUACGCCCCUUUAGCAAUUGGAACAAGUUACAUUGUUAACUAAAAACAGUUUGGAAAUUUUAUUCAUUUGUUGUAUCACACCCCCUCGUAAUGAUUUUGAGUCACGUGGUGCUGUAUUGCAACAGGCAGGACCAUUUUAAACCUUUUUGCUAAACAUUUUCCAGAUACUUGCUUUAAAGCUACUUUUGCCCACAAAUGAAAUAUCAUCUCGGUAGACUGCCUAAACGCCCACUCAUUACUUUAGGAGAAAUACACUGGUAUUUUGAGUUGUUUUUAAAUGAGUGGCUUUAUUUAUGACAACAGAUAAUACCAAUAGACGCUAGUGCACCACAGAGUCACCUGCGAUCGGUCCGGGUGACUGGAGACGUGAGUUUGCACACAAACAUCAGACUAGAUCUUUGUAUGGGAGAGAAUUUACUGUACAUUAAAUUCUUUAUUUUUUGUUACUCUGUGGCCAGUCAAUCUGAAGAUUGAAUGUAUCGUUUUAUUGGGAUGAGAUCAUAGUCUUUACACAAUGCUAUGUAAACAAGUUACUGAAGAUGUUUCAGCUCACGGAAUUGUACAAAACAUUCUAUAGAUACAGCCUGCCUUCUUGCAAACGCUGGGCUUACAGAUGGAUUAGCUGAGGCACGCCCUGGGGCGGCAGCCCGCUCUCCCGGACGUGGCCAGCCUGCCACGCUGCCCGCUCCUUCGUGGCCACUCUGCUUUGUCAGGUGUCCUUGUCACUUGCUGGCUUCCUUCCGAUGGAUUUUAUGAGCUUCUAGAGCCAGAUUUUUCCCCGACCCCUCCCAUCACGGCUCCUUGGCAGGCUGAGGUGUCACAGAUCCCCGGAGUCCCCUGGGCCCCGACGGCGCCUGGAAGCCCCGGAUCCCCGGGAGGCCCAGGCUCACCGGGAGCACCGUCCUGGCCGUCCUUGCUGCUGCCGGGCACGCCUUGGGGUCCUUGGGACAGAGCAGAGGGUGAGUUCAGCUGCAGCUCGACUGAAAGCAGUGGGGACUGGCGUCCAGCUGCAGGCAAGCCCCGCUCUUCCACCAGCUCAGUCUUGGCUUGAGGGGAGGUCACGGGUCGGGGGGCGGCGCUGGCUGGCAUGAGUGCACCAAAAAGGCCAGGUGUGGCCAGCCCCGGGCAGGGUGCGGAGGCGUCCUGAGGGACACCCGACUCUGACUUGCAUGUGUUUUGUGGGGCUGUGUGAGUGAGCAGUAGAUCUGGAGAGGGCAGGGCCCCUGGGUGGGAGGCUGUGGGCUGGCUUUGGUCAACGAUGACGGUGGAAUUGGGGGUGUGAGGGAAGGGUGAGCAGCCGCCUGAGUGGGGUAACAGGGUCAUUCACUGAGAAGAGGUGACAAAGUCUAGAAUGGUGUGGUUGGGGUACAGCCGGGAGGCUGCUGCCCAGCAGGGAGAGCAACACAGACCCUGUUCAGAGCCACACAGGUAGAGAGAUGCAGCUGGGGGCCUGGGACACCUGCACAUUUGGACACCAGGUAGAGGCAGAGCUAGGUCAGCAAUAGAGAGCCCAGGAGCAUGGGGCACCCAGAGAGUGGUGUGAGUGCGGGAAGAGAGGGCUCCUGGGCACCUGGGGAGGGUGUGAGUGAGGA